CUUUUCGGUCAAACAAAAGGACGAAUACAAAUUCCUUUCAAUCUGUGUGCGUUACGUACGUACGUGUUGCACAGCAACUGUGCGUGGCUUCUGCUAUCGGCGAAACGGACUUUAAAAUCAGACAACAGUGCGACAAGCAGCAGAGAGCCCGACCAUAACAGAACAGAACAGAACAGAACACAACAGAACAGAAAGAGAGAGAAGAACAGGGCAGGAGCAAAUAUUUCCUGAUAUUCGAGUACGAGAGUCCGUCUACUUCAAGACACAAUUGAGACGCACUCCAUUUUAUUUUCACACCGCGGCAUCGUUUGUUCAGACACCGCGCACUAACACUAACAGCAGCAGCUACAGUACAGCAGCAACAGUAACAACAACAACAACAGCCACUGCACGUAAAUGGCACAUUAACACACACAUAAACAAAGUAGGCGUUGCUAAAUGCUAGCGCACAGCGUCCACACUAGUUGUCUCGCUCUGGCUGUUGCAUGCGACGACAGUGGCAAGCGAGACGGCGAUUACUCGAAAUGCCAUUUUGUUUGCGCUUCUGCUGCGCCGCUGCCGCCGUCGCGACUGCAUCCAUCGAACAACUGCCAGCAGCUGGCAGCCAGUUUGUUUUCUCCCUUCCAAUCGAGCGGCAGCGGCGUUUCCGCUCGCGUUCUCUUCUACGCGCACUCAUCUCAAGCCCAGCCAAAAAUGCAUGAAACAGUUACAAAUCGAGAACAGCUCACAGAGCAAAACAUUUUGCAAGAAUUGGAUUAAAUUUUGUAUUCUUGAGGCCGAUCUUUUUUUCAACGGAAACUCGGACAAGGGAACGGCCCCAUAAUGGAUGCCAGGAAAGCAGCAACAAUAAUAACAAUGCAACAGCAAACAAGCAACAGCAGCAGCAACAACAACUAACAGCAGUCAACAAUGUGGAAAUGAUAAUUGCAAUUGCCUGCGCAUAGAAGCAAAGCAAAAGCGGUUGAAGAAAGCUGCUGAAAAAAGCGAGGAAAAUUCAUCGAAAGAAGUUCGCGUAGCAAACAAAAGAAAAACCAACAAAAAAUAAAUAUAUAUAAGUAAAGACAAAAAGUAAUUAAAGCUCUUGAUACAAACGCGAUGGUGUUUUACAAUAUGUAAAUAUAAUUAGCCGAGCGGAGUUUUCAUUCCUGGAAUUCGCCAUUGCCAACGGAGUUGGCAAAAAAGACAAACACAGAUACAAAUACAAAUACAAAUACAAAUACAAAUACAAUAACAAAGCACGCAUACUGCAACUCGUCUAUGAAACCGGUCUUAUAAUUAGUCCUAACUCCACGUCGCCUCAUCCCACUUCAGAGUUUUUUCUUUCUCUCUCAUUUUUGUCGGCCUGGCGGCCGAGGCCUAGGCGCGACUGAUUCAAAACUGAUUCCAAAAACAGAGAAACAGCUAACAGUAAACGGCCAACGGCCAACGGCAAUUGGAAUAGCAAUUGGCUGUCAAAGCGAGAGAAAAACUGAAAAUUGGUGGAAAAAGCUCGCGGAAAACUGUGAUUACUGUGAUUAGUGUGGUGCGUGUGGUGCCUCUGUGGUGCGUGUGUGCGAUCAUUAUAAUAUACACCUGUGCGAACAAAUUUCAAUCGACAGAUCGGGAUUUGAGUGCGUUGUUGGCAACUGCAACUGCGACGAUGGCAGUGUCCUGCCCAGAAGUUAUGUACGGUGCCUAUUAUCCAUAUCUGUAUGGGCGCGCAGGACCAAGUCGUUCAUUUUAUCAAUAUGAGAGGUUCAAUCAGGAUCUGUACUCGUCCUCGGGCGUGCAGCUGGCCGCCUCCUCGAGCGCCUCUGGCAGCUCCCAUUCACCCUGCAGCCCCAUUUUGCCGCCAUCGGUGAGCGCCAAUGCCGCGGCAGCCGCCGUUGCUGCCGCCCACAAUUCGGCGGCUGCAGCCGUUGCAGCCGUUGCCAACCAAGCGUCCUCCUCUGGCCUGCAGCUGGGCGGCGUCGUCGGUAGCGGACCGGCCAGCGGACUGCUCGGCUCCAAUCUGCCCAUUGGCAGCAGCGCCUCCAGCGCCGGCCUCGGCAUGAGUCCCGUGCUAAGCGGCGCCGGCCCCGGCCACGGCCUGCACAGCCGAACACAUCAAACCAAAGAAGAGGAUCUCAUCGUGCCGCGCAGCGAAGCUGAAGCGCGCCUGGUGGGCUCCCAACAGCAUCAUCACAACGAAUCAUCCUGCUCCUCUGGCCCUGACUCGCCGCGGCAUCCGCACUCGCACGCGCAUUCGCACGCGCACUCGCAUCCGCACUCGCUGCAUGGCGCGGGGGCAGCAUCCUCGGCGGGCGUAGGCUCAGCCACGGGCGCCAUGUCCAAGGAGCUGCCACUGGACACCAGCAGCAGCAGCGGAGGCGGCGGCGGCGGUGGCGGCGUUAGCGGUGGCGGCGGCGUCGCCGGCAUCGGCGGCAACAGCCAAGGACGCGCUCAAUAUCUGUCGGCCACCUGCGUUGUAUUCACCAACUACUCCGGCGACACGGCCAGCGUUGUCGACGAGCACUUCUCCCGGGCGCUCAACUACAGCAACAAGGAAACAAAAGAUAGCAGCAGCCCAAUGUCGAGUCGCAAUUUCCCACCAUCGUUCUGGAACAGCAAUUACGUGCAUCCCAUACCCGCCCCCACGCAUCCACAGGUUAGCGACUUGUACGGCACAGCGACAGACUCUGGCUACGCCGCAGAUCCCUGGGUGCCGCAUGCGGCGGCCGCGCACUAUGGUUCCUACGCGCAUGCGGCGCAUGCGCAUGCAGCCCACGCGCAUGCCUACCACCACAACAUGGCCCAGUACGGCAGCCUGCUGCGCCUGCCCCAGCAGUAUAGCCACGGCACAAGACUACACCACGACCAGCAGACGGCGCACGCCUUGGAGAGUGCGGCAGCCUACUCGAGCUAUCCGACAAUGGCAGGUCUGGAGGCUCAAGUGCAGGAGUCGUCAAAGGAUCUGUACUGGUUCUAGACGACAGGACGCCAGUGUUAUCCCACGCCACGCCAACAGGUGUGAGGGGAAUUCUCGUUGAUGUACAAAUUAAUGAAAGUGACACUCAACAAAUAAUGCAAAUAAAUCACAACAACAAACGGCAACCCAACAACAAACAAUAAACGGAAGCUCCGCUAAUGUUAAGCAAACAGCAGACAGGAUUCAAAUGAAGCUGAGUCCUGGCACCACCCCCGCCCCCUCAUAUACCUAUAUCGAACAGUUUUGGAUUCCGUUAAACGUUGCUGAAAUCUGACUAAACAAUAAAAGAUAAUUAUGAAAUGUUUGUUUGUAAUUAAAGUGAGUCUGUGAGGUUUAAAAUUUACUUUUACUCUUAAAUAUUGUAAACAAUUCGCGUAUUAAAAAUUGUGUAAUUUUUGUAUUGUAUUGUACAAGCCCCCCUAAUUUUAGCAUCCCAUAUCAGCAAGUUAGAC